AAAUAAUUAUGAGAUCGAAUUCAACAGCUUAUACACCUCAAAAUCCAGAAGUCUUCCAUAAAGGACAUAUUCAUUUCUUUGAUUUAUUAUCGUCAUUUCAUGGAUUGGAUGAUUAACCUGACUACCCUGUUUAAUAAUAAACAAUAUAGGAUAAGCUAAGAAAUUAAUACCUUCAUGAUAACAAUUGGGAAGAUAGUAAAAACAAUUUAUUAUCAAUUAGAAUUAUGUUAUAGAACAUGCUUCAAAAUUUAAGAAAAGGAUUAUGUACAAUUCUGUUUGGAUAAGAAAUGCUAAGGCAUUAAUUAUUUGAAGGCAGCUUAAGUUUUAGGUUAUGUUAAAACUGGAAAUCCAACACCUAAAGCACAUGGACACCAUCAUCAUUGAUAAAGCAUUAAUACAUAAACAAUACAUUUAACAAAAU